CAGAAAACGUUGCGUUUACACCACCACCUAGGACGGACAGGCAGACAAGCCAAGCUACCAUUAGCAAGACCUGGCUGCUUGCUAGCUUGCUUGUAGAGAGAGAGAGAGACAGAGGGAGAGAGAGAGAGGAAGAGGAGCUAGCCUAUGGUGGUGUAGCUCUCCGGCCGAGGCGGGCGCAGGAGCGGGGCGAACGCUGAACGCAAUGGCGAGGGGUUGCGCCGGCGCCGGCGACGGCGACGGCAUGCUCGCGCGGCUGCGGAGGGCGGCCGCCAAGCGGAUCGGCCUCUCCUGCGCCUCCUUCUUCUCCCACGCCGCCGCCGCCUCCUCCCCUUCCCCGCCUUCCAAGACUAUCUCGUGCUCAGCACUGAAUGCGCCUGCAGACACCACUGAUGAAGACCAGGAAAAGCUGGAGGAGCCCACUAGCACAAGAAUGGCUGACAAGAAUCUCUGUGCAAUAUGUCUGGAACCCCUCAGCACUGGCAACAAUGAUACUGAUAAUGGUGACAAGCCAGCAAUCUUCACAUCGCAAUGCUCCCAUUCUUUCCACUUCCUAUGCAUCGCCUCCAACAUUCGGCAUGGCAACGUUACAUGUCCUAUCUGCCGUGCACAGUGGUCUCAGCUGCCACGCGACUUGAAGGUGCCACCAUUGCUGCAAAACCAGUCUGAUCCAAUCCUUCGAAUCCUCGAUGAUAACAUCGCAUCCUCUCGUGUCAACAGAAGAUCGUCCAUCCGUGCUGCCCGAUACAAUGACGAUGAUCCAGUUGAGCCUUACACCUUGACCGAGCAUGUGGAUCCAUGCCUUCGCUUUGCUCUUAUCCCAUCUCCAGUUGCAGCUCACCAUCAUGUCCUCGGGCACUACCCUUGUGGCCAUGUGAUGCCGCUGCAGCAGCACUGCCAGUACAGCAGCUCUUCCAUGCUCUCACCGCCACAGAUUGCUUCACCAAGUGGGCAGAGGCGUGCUUACCUCUCUGUCAGUCUUGCUCCACAGCCAGCCAUGGACCUAGUUCUGGUUGCCAGCCCAAAUGGGCCACAUCUCAGGCUCUUGAAGCAGGCAAUGGCACUUGCUGUCUUCUCAAUGCGCGCAAUUGACCGGUUAGCCAUUGUCACAAAUGCGACAACCGCAACCCGCUCCUUCCCCUUGCGCCGGAUGUCAUCCCAUGGAAAACGAAUGGCAUUGCAGGUCAUUGAACACCUCUGCUGUGUUGGUGGUACAGAUCCUGUAGGGGCUUUGCAGAAGGGCCUGAAGAUACUAGAGGACCGGGCACACCAGAAUCCAAGCAGUUGCAUCCUUCACCUGUCCGACCAUCCGAUCCGCAGCUGUUUCGGGGUCGACACGAACCGUUUCAAUAUCCCGGUUCACCAGUUCCAUGUCGGGCUUGGUUUCGGGGUGCAGAAUGGCUUUGUGAUGCAUGAGUUUGAGGAGCUCUUGGCACGGUUACUUGGCGGUGUCAUAGGCGAUACCCAGCUCAGGAUCGGCGAGCAUGGUGGAGUGGUGAGGCUAGGUGAGCUGAGGGGUGGUGAAGAGAGAAGGAUCCCACUUGAUCUAGUGUCAGAUUGUGGAUUCAUACUGGUUGGCUAUAGCUACUUGGAGGGUGGAAGAGAGGAUCAGUUCAGGACCGGUGAAGUCGCCGUAGGUUUCGAAGAGAAAGGCGAAAACCGGUACUGCGGGAUCAGGGAUGCAGGUGGUCUGAGUAUCGGUGGUGAGAGGAGGAGCAGCUGCUGUGCUGAGAGAUGGGACUACCUUGAUCCGUUCAUGGCGCGGCGAUGGGCGAAACAUUUCAAUGUGUACAGGGCCUGACUAAAGGAGGGAGCUUGAUGAUGAUCAUCAGCUCAGCAAGGCUGGUUUACCAGUUUGACAGGAUAUGAUUCAUGUUGGUUCUUGAUUUUUUUUUCUUCUUUUUCUUUCAUUCCAGCAAGCAUCUCAUCAGGGAAGUGCUUGCUUUUGGGGUUUUUGUUGUGGAUCUGAGUCUAUGUAAGAUGUCUGAUUUCCAUCAGACGUGUGGACUGUGCACAAGGUUUUCUGUUGUUCUCAAUCUGUAUGUGUGAAUCGGAAUGUGAACAAAAAGCUCAGCACAGGGAAUGAGAGGUGGUUGCAUUGGAGUGAAUUUUCUGAUUUCAUUGUCAGCAACUGACAUGCUAUCUUUCAAAAGAAAUUUAACGAAUGUGAUGCUU